ACGCCUACGAUGCCCUCGAGCCGCACAUCGACGCCAUGACAAUGAAGGUCCACCACAGCAAGCAUCACGCGGCAUACGUGGCGGGCCUCAACGCCGCCAAGCCCGCGACGCCGGGGGGCAAGUUCGACAUGGAGGCGCUCGCGGGCCUGCAGACGAAGGCGCCGUCGCUGGGCGCGGCCGUCCGCAACCACGGCGGCGGCCACUACAACCACGCCCUCUUCUGGGUCAACAUGGGCGCCUCCUCGGGGCCGCUCGGCGAGCCAUCGGAUGACCUCGCGGCGGCCAUCGACGACAAGUUCGGCAGCUUUGACGGCAUGAAGGCCGAGUUCGCGAAGGCGGCGAUGGGGCGGUUCGGCAGCGGGUGGGCCUGGCUGGGCGUGAAGCCAGACGGCGCUCUCGCGGUGACGUCUACGGCCAACCAAGACAACCCCCUCAUGGAGGGCCUCGAGUACCCGGUGGAGAAGCUCGUCCCGAUUCUCGGUCUCGACGUUUGGGAGCAUGCUUAUUACCUCAAGUACCAGAACUUGAGGGCGGACUACGUCAAGGAGCACGGGUGGAAAGCGUGGGCCGCAUCUUUUGGGGGGGCAUCGAUCCCUCAUCUUCCCUUCAUAUUCCCUUCUCCCCAUUCUCCCCAUUCCUCCCACGUCCCCUUCCUUCCUCCCUCUUUACCUCCCCUCUUCUUGUGGUAUCGAUAUAAAGACGUGUUUGGCAUGAUACCCCUGGAGAUGGACAUCUCUUCUCUGCUGAAGCGCACAUCUGCUAAUCCCCAUGUCCAGCCUAGUCAGGGAACCGACUCACCUUGGGAUGAUCUGCCCAUGUCGUUUGACGUUUCGGCGGUCUCCCCACACUAUCCUCCCUCGUCCUCCCCAAAUGAUCGUAAUGAUCACCAUUGGUCAUUGUAAUUGUAACAUGCAUCCCUUCUUCUUGUGGUGGGCGAUUCAUGCAGUUCAUGCUCCACCGCCGUCCGUCGAUGACCCCUGCCUUGCGAUCCACUAGUUGUCCACACUGGCAAGGUACUCUUCUCGAAUUCGUGCUGGCAUUUGGCGGAAGAGCGGCAAGACGGAGGCGCGGGAAAGACAGGAAGAGGGAUGAGAAGGCUUCUCGGUCAACCGGGAAACGCGUUGGGCAAGGAGCACCACGCACGAGUCCCGAGGCCGCGCUCCGCUCGAAGAACAAAACUGCACAAGCUUUUUUAAACGUUCGGAGGUCCGCGCGGAUUUCUUGGAUCAGCGCCUGGGCCCCCCAGGUGGCGCCUCUGGCGCCGCGCCUGGCGCGCUCCGCGCGUUAGGGAGGGGAGGGGGGUCCAGCACCGAUCCGAGAGAUCCGCGCGGAUCUCCGAAAGCUUCUGUUUCUACCGCUUUUUGCUCCUCUAGCAUGGGGGAGUUAUCCUCUCUUGUGCCGUUGUGUGAAGCCACUUGGGGUAGUUGCCCACACGGCGCCAAUACCCUUUCGUCUUAUGUGGGUUUGAAUAAGACGUUUUUCCCUCACUGUGCGUGCCCAGAGUUUCGCUUCGGGCCUGGCAGGCUGGCUGAGGCUGCGUGUGAAUGGUGGUCGGACUGGAGACAUGUGGCGCCUUGCGGGUUCCCUG